AUGGAAUCUACUCGUCUACUAGAGCUUGCUGCUACCAUUACCACCGCGGUGAAUGCGAUUCACAGCCACCUUACCGAUCAGAAUCUUCCGUACCCAUCAUUUGAGCCGGGUGCUCCCACGGCACUGCCAGAAGAGCUGGCCAGUAGCCAGAAUGCCCUCAUAGAUGCCAUAUCCGAGAUCUCUGAUCUGGUAAUUGGCCCGGUUGACGCAAUGGCAUCAGGUUCUUCACAAAACUAUGUCAGUCUUUCUGUGAUUCAGCGAUUCAACAUUGCCAACUCCUUCGUUCCAGGAGAGGAGAGGACCUUUGCACAGAUCUCAGCCGAUACAGGGCUUAGCAGAAGUAUGGUUAAACGCAUCCUCCGCCAUGCGAUGACGUUCCGGGUGUUCAAGGAGCCCCGAAAGGGAGUAGUCGCACAUACCGCUCGAUCAGCCUUGAUGAGGUCCCGGGAGUCAGCUGAUUUCAUGGCUGUGGCACUUGAAGAAAUGGACCCGGCUGCAUUGCGGGCUGCGGAAGCUCUCCAAAAGUGGCCGGGGUCAGAAGAGCCUAACCACACGGGGUUUGCCCUCGUGAAUAGAACGGAUAUUCCAACAUACAAGGUGCUGGAGGGAGACCCAGCCCGCGCGGCUCGAUUUGCCAACACCAUGUCCAUCAUGACGAACGGGAAAGGCUUCGAUGUCUCACAUGUAGUCAAUGGGUAUGAUUGGAGCGCGUUGAACAGCGCGACAGUGGUGGACAUUGGCGGCUCCCGAGGGCACAUUGCACAAGCCGUGGCCUCGACAUUUCCCUCCUUGAGCUUCGUCGUACAGGAUCUCCCAAGUACUGUGGCCAAUGCCGCAGCAGAUCUUCCACCACAGCUUGUCGGGCGAGUAUCCUUCAUGCCGCAUGACUUUUUCAACGACCAGCCGGUUGUUGCUGAUGCGUACUUUCUCCGCUGGAUUCUUCACAACUGGCCCGACAAAUACUGCGUUAAGAUCCUGCGAGCUUUGAUACCAGCCCUGCGGCCAGGGGCUCGGAUAAUCAUUAAUGAGAUAUGUGUGCCUCAGCCAGGCUGCAUCCCAUUGUGGAGGGAGAAGCAACUCCGAACCAUGGAUAUGGGCAUGAUGACCCUCUUCAACGCCCAAGAAAGGGACGCCGACGAAUGGUGCGACCUCCUAGAGCGUGCCGACCCUCGGUUUACUUUCGCUGGAAUACAUCAGGCCGAAGGCUCUCAAUUAGCCCUGAUUGAGGCCGUGUGGCGGGAGUAA